AUGAACGCGGAACAAAAUCUCAAGGUACAAGCGAAGAAACGUGCUCUAAACACAUUUAUAUAUUACAUUUGUAUGCUUCUUUGUUAUUUUCCAGCGGCUGUCUCCGCCCUAAUUUGGGUGACUUAUAAAGAACAUUGGAACAACAGAUGGUAUUUUACCGACACUAUUACAUUCAUGAACUCCGCUAUAAAUCCAUUCUUGUAUUUUUGGCGUAAUCGGGAAAUCCGGGAAGCAGUUUCGAAGAUAGUGCGAAAAAGGUUAUGUAAAGCAGUUGAGGAAAACUUAGAUAACGGUGAUCAAUGAAAUUGGUGGUUCAUUUGCGAUUUUAUUUUAAGAUCAAGGAUACACUUGAGACACUCAGGGGCAGAUACUGCCGUUAAAAAAUCCGAGAUCGAGGCAGUUGAAGAAACUACGUAAGAUGUUAUGUAAAACAGAUGGAGAAAUCUUAAGUUUCGGUUAUCACUGAAAUUGGUCGAUACAUCAAUUUCAGCGAAGUUCAUUUACGUUUUUGCCUUCAGGAAAGACCAAGAAGAGCUACAGAUCCUACGAGCAGAUUGCUCCUCAAUAGCUUACUCAGGGGCAGAUAAUGCUGCCAAGAAAGUAGCUAGAAAGUGGAAGAAACAAACAAAAAACUAG